AUGGAGAGGCAGCCGGAGUCGCUGAGGUCCGCGAACCAGUUCUCGGCGUCGUCGUCGCCAACCUCGGUGGAGUCGAUCGGGACGGCGAUGAAGGCGCUGGGCGAGCGGCGGAGCCUGGUGGAGCGGGGCUCAUAUAUUGAGGACCUGGAGGACGAACGCGUGCUGCUGAACCGCACGCUGAGCGGGCGGCGGCGCGUGGCGCGGCGGGCGACGAGCGUGCAGCAGAAGCAUGCACGCAUCUUCGCGGCGGAGGAGCAGGGGGAGAACGCGCGCGGCGCGGAGGCCGCGCCGGUGCGGCGGCGGUCGUCGCAGUUCCUGAACGACGGGGCGAUGAAGGCGUCCGAGUCGGCGACCGCGGAGCUCAAGAAGAUGCGGGAGUCGCUUUUGAUCAAGCGGGAGAUGAAGCGCAAGCAACGCCAUCUUCUCGACGACGACCGGGUGCUGGUGGGCAACAAGGUGAGCGAGGGACACGUCAACUUCAUCAUCGCGUACAACAUGCUCACGGGCAUCCGCGUCGCGGUCUCCCGCUGCUCGGGCCUUAUGAAGCCGUUGAGCCAGCGGGACUUUCACCAGACGAAGAAGCUAGCAUUCGACUAUCAUGGCAACGAGCUCACGCCCAGCUCACAGUAUGCCUUCAAAUUCAAAGACUACUGCCCGGAGGUAUUUAGGGAGUUGAGGGCACGGUUUGGACUGGAUCCGGCUGACUACUUGAUGUCCUUGACCUCGAAAUAUAUUCUCAGCGAGCUAAAUUCGCCUGGCAAGUCCGGUUCCUUUUUCUACUUUUCGCGCGACUACAAAUACAUUAUCAAAACGAUCCACCACUCCGAGCAUAAGCAUUUGCGACAUGUGUUGCAUGAUUACUAUGAGCAUGUAAAAGCCAAUCCUGACACUCUUAUAUGUCAGUUUUAUGGCUUGCAUAGGGUGAAGAUGCCCAUCUCCUUCAAAAACAAGGUCAAAAAUAGACGGAUCUACUUCAUCGUAAUGAAUAACCUAUUUCCACCGCACUUGGAGAUGCAUACUACUUUUGAUUUGAAAGGAUCUACCUUGGGCCGCUAUACAAAAGUGUCGAAGGAAGACGAGGACGCCCGGCCUGUCUUGAAGGACUUGAAUUGGUUGGAACAACAUAUGAACAUCCAGUUCGGCCCCCACAAGGGCCGUGUCUUCUUGAACCAGUUAAAGAAGGACGUCGACUUCCUAUCCCGAUUGAACAUUAUGGAUUACUCCUUAUUGUUGGGCAUCCAUGAUAUUAACCUAGCGGCAGCAAACAGCGAAGACAUACAUGCCAUGAUACCAGAAUCGUCAGCGAAACAUGCCCUCACUUCUGCGUUCCCAGCUAAUUCUAACUCUAAUAUUAAUAUUAAUAACGUCAUUACGAACGCCUCGAAUAACCACUUUUUCCAGCGUGACGAAGGCGGCAUCAGGGCUUCAGAUGCAGAAAACAAAGAUCUCAACAUCAUCUAUUACAUUGGUAUCAUUGACUGUCUAACAAACUACUCUCUUUUGAAAAAGCUAGAAACAUUCUGGAGGGGUCUUAGCCACGACUUAUACGCUGUGAGCGCCGUCCCCCCCAAUGACUACGGCCUGCGUUUUUAUAAAUUUAUAGAGGACUCCGUUACUCAGGGCAAGACCGGCCAUCGAGACUGA